AUGACUAUCGGAAGUUUCAGCGCCGUAAAUGCCGCCGAUCGCCAUUUUGUAUGGGUUAUUCCAAAGUUUAGCGCUCUAAAAAACGGUAAUAAAUGCGACAGCAAGUAUGCCACUUCAUUUCAACGAGUGAAGUUUCACCUCCACAUCAAGAUAGAAGCGCAAGGUAAUGUUGGAAUCUACGUUCGGUUUAAGAAGCGCCCGAUUCCAAAGUAUUCCUACUACUUCGAGAACUCCAAAAACGAAUCGAUGCGGCAACACACGGCGCACACAAUCCCCCCCGACGUCAAACGCUGCGGACAUUGGUGCGUCUGCAAUAAAAUCGACGUGAUGGAUUUUAUCGGCGAGGAUGACGAAUUAAAGAUUCACUUUAUUAUUGACGACGAUACCAUUAUGAUAAGAGAAAUCCCACAACAAAAAACGGUAUCUGUGAUCUGGACCGUCCUAACCUUGUACAAUCAAAACCUAAACCCAUUUUUGUCGACAAGUUUUAUUGUCGGUAAUACGGUCCUCAUUGCCCGCCUUGAUGUUAAGCGGAAGUCCACCGACCUCAUUGCGAACAUCACCCCUGAUAAUAUUCAGAGCUUUGUGAUCUUUCUUUUCAGCCAAGGGGACUCCAUCCCACUGCACAGUAUUGAAAUGCUCGAUUUCGCCGGAAAGGUCUACGCGCAAGAAAAAGUAAAGCAGAACGGCGCCCCACAGACGAUUACUUUAGAAAAAAGCGUCGUGGACGCGAACCUCAGGGAUGAUGGGACGCUCCAGGCAAAAUUCACUUUCUUCCUGCUUAACCCGUUAGAGGUGCUAAACUUCCACUCCUUAGAAUGCAUCCCGGAGGUGAGCCCCACCUUCAAACACGACGGUGCAUCCAAGACAGGGAUGUUCUCUACAAAAGGAUCCUAUAUAAGGUUGGACGAUGGGUAA